GAAGAAGAAAACGACCGAGAGGCGAGAGAAAAAAAAAAUGACAGGGCGCGCAAAAAGAAAAUCCAAAGGCAUUCAGGAGUCAGGCACAGACAACGGAGAGGUGAAGAAAGCCCGGCCUGAUGGACCUGUGUCUCUGUCCAAAGUGAAUAAAGAGCAGCGCAACGAGUUGGUGCAGCUCUACGGCUUCACCAUGCCAGAAGAUUUGUACCACUUCUGGGAUUUCUGCCAAGAGCUUUGUCCUGACGACCCUCGUGGAGCGCUGAAAGACACCCUGGGCUUGCAGCUCGUUGGGCCUUUUGACCUUCUGGCAGGAGCUCACAGAAACUCCAAGAAUCCUCAGCCGAACUUCCACCUUCACUGGAGGUUUUUCUACGACCCCCCCGAGUUUCAGACUAUACUCAAAGGGAGUGAGGACAGCCAACAUCACAUGGGCUACUACAGGGACACUCCUGACUCGCUUCCUUCAUUUGUUGGAGAAAAUGAAGCAAAGCAGGGCUGUGUGAUUACACAGAUGGGUGAUAACGUCUUCGCUGCUGUCUACCUGUACCUGCUGAGGAAGAAGAAGGAAAGGAGCAGUGAAGGAGCAGAGAGAGACGCUCGGGAAAGCUUGGAGGCAAAGCUUCGAGAGAAAGCUGAUCGUCUGGGCUUUUCUUUGGAGCAGAAGACCAAAGCCAUGAAGCAGCGGGACAAGAAGGUGGUCACCAAGACGUUCCAUGGUUCUGGUAUCGUCGUACCAGUUGAUAAGAACGAUGUAGGAUACAGAGAACUACCAGAAACAGAUGCUGGUCUCCGGAAGAUCUGUAAAGCCAUCGCCGAAGCACGGAGUGAUGAAGAGCGCGUCAAAGCCUUUGGCCCGAUUCAGGAGAUGAUCACGUUUGUUCAGUUUGCUAAUGACGAGUGCGACUAUGGAAUGGGCUACGAGCUAGCAAUAGAUCUCUUCUGCUAUGGAUCCCACUACUUUCACAAGGUGAUCAAGCAGCUCCUGCCCAUGGCCUACAGCUUGCUGAAAAGAAGUUUGUUUGGAGAUAUUUUGGGGGCCCACCUCUCGUGUCGCAGCCAUGACAACCUGGACCAACUCUCUGCGCACUAAAAGAAAAACACUGAAGUCUCAGUUCUGGUUCUUAUAAGCUUUCCCACCCGUGUCUUUGAUUUCUGUCGUUUGUCUCCAUUGUUGUUUUUGUUGCUGCUGUCAUUCUGGAACCGUCUCAGCGGCUUGUUGUUUGUAAAAG